AUGAAUUACGAAAGAAAGGAUCAGGACGACUUUGAAGAUAUCCUGAAGAACUUAGUGCCGUACGAUGAAGCAGAAGAUAGAGCCAACUCAGCCCAAGAAGAAGAUUUAGAAGUGUUCGAUAUGAGCAUGGUGGAAAACGAUCUAUCAUCAGACUACACAGCCGAUAACUUCUUCAUUACGAAGCCAGAGCAGAAUAAAACACAAGCUGAGCCAGAAAAGAAAAACAGCUCAGAUGAGCAGAGCGCUCUCAAAGUGAACAGUGAAACACCAAUUUACCACACAGAGAGAGAAGAUAGCUAUAGUAACUACAUUCCAACAGAUAGCUACAGUCCAACCGAUGGACAAAUAGAGGAUAGUAACCAAGUAGAUGAAGGAAUGGACAAUAGCUAUAGCGAAAUGAACAACUAUGAAGAUGAACAAGUGAAUUAUGGAGAAAUAGACAAUAAUCAUCAAAUGAACAACAGUUAUGAACAUUAUGCGAACAAUGGCUACGAACAAGCGAACAAUGAACAAGUGAACAAUGAUUAUCAGAUGAACAACAGUUAUAACUUCAGCUAUAACCCAGCCAAUACCCAAGUGAAUAAUCAGCAAGAAAUUGACAACUUUAGCUACAGCCCAACUGGCAAUGUGACAAAUGAUAAUGGAUUUGAGUACGAGCACAGUCCAGCUGAUAGCCAAGCGCGCAGUAUUCAGGUAGGUGAUACUUUUGAAUACACCCCAGCCGAUGAACAGGGCUCUCAGCCGAAUAUAAACCAGCUGAGCAAUGCAGCAGAUAGCUCUGGCCCAAUAAGACACUUAAACAACUCACUGUGGCAUGACUCAUCUGCAGACGGCUCUAGUGGUAUUUCCCAUCAAAACAAAUUACCUGAAAAUGACAGCAAUAAUAGCGCAGAGUGUAAUAAUUACAACAGCAACCAUGAAAUAUUCCAGCCUGUUCCUGCGUCAUUUAACAGCUCGCCUGCUAGCAACUGGACAAUGGAAGAGUACUUCAACCAGGAGGAGAGUGCAGAUGACGAGCAGAGUGCAAGUAACUCAGAUACAAUCAACAACUAUGUUGAUGGAUUUGAUAACUAUUCGAAUGAUGAGACUAACUCGGUUUGCAAUAUUUCCUCUAGUACGCACUCACUUACGCCAGAAAGAGAGGUGCAAAACAACCCAGAAAGCAUAGAAAUAGCAAAAGACGAAGAAUCACCGCAUGCCACAUCGACCGAAGAGUCGUCACUUGAUGAGCUGUUCAAAGACUGUCCACCCAUUGACCCGAACACUUUUAAAUACCAGCCACACCAGCAAACACAGCAGACAUACGAGUAUCCUGAAGAACAGCACAAUUACUAUGCAGAUCAGCAACAGACUAACAGCUACAACGUAGAUCAACACUCUCUAGAUAAUUACCACAAUGAUCAGCCAACAAUUGAUUACCAAAACGAACUGCCUCUAGCUAGCUACUACAAUAAUCAGCCAACAAUUGAUUACCAGAAUGAGCUACCUCUAGCUAGCUACUACAAUGAUCAGCCUGUUGAUUAUCCAGUGGAACAAUCUAGCUAUACUGUAGAAGAAGCCAAUUACGAACAGCCCUUAGUCAACUCUUAUAGCGGUCAAACUAACUAUCACAUGGAUAAACAAACAUCUAUCCCCACUUCGCCAUUCCAGCAUAGCACCAAGCCCAUUCCUGUUGAGCCACUGUAUACGUACCAUCUGCCUUCCUCUGGCGCCCACACGGUGCCACUGCAGACUGUACCAGAAACCGUACAAAGUAAAAACAAAGAGGAAACAGAGCAUUUAUCAUCAGCACCCUCUGCCCUUAUUCAGCUAGCCUUCUGCAGCGACCGUUUAAUCAUUGCAUCCUCCACGGGAAGCAUCACUAAUGCAUCCCAUCUGAUGGCCAACCCAAUAAAAACGGUUGAACUCCAGGGAGAGAUAGAAGUAGUUAGCAUAAAGCA